UCCAUUGCAGAAGUGUUCAUUGUCAGUCGAAUUGUGAGAUUGGUAGUUAUGACAGCAUGCCCAGGGAAUACUGCUGACAUGCAUAUCCCUUCAGAAAGUGCUUUUGUUCCAGCUCUGACAAUGAAAACUGCUAUCAGAGUUGUGGUGAAAGGGAGAUAUUCAUACUGCUAGGAGAACAGAAGGAGAGGGAAAGAGAGGCAUGUGUGCAAGUAGACUUGGUAAAACAAGGCUGAUAAACAAAGGACUGGAAAAGGAGCAACUGCUGGUUUGAUUUGCAAGAAUGUAAAAGACAACCUGUAGCACAGGAUGUAAUAAGUAAUUGGUGAUAGAGAGCUGUGUAUCUACUUAGGUAAACAUUACAUCACAUAUAUAUAUAUAUGUAUAUAUACACACACAUAUAUAUGUGUAUAUAUGUAUAGACAUGGGCCUGAGUGCUACCCCGGACAGGAUUGUUGCUGUCAAAAACCCAACUUGUAUUUUUUAUUUCAGAUCUGUUACAAGCUUGUCACAAGUGACAAAUGCCAGUGAACACACAAUGCUUUCUAAAUUAUUAAUCUCUAUAAUUUUUUUCCUUCACUUCUAGCACAAGUAUAAAAAAAAAAAAACCACCAAAAAAAAAACCCAAAAAAAAAAUGGAAGAGAGCAAGAAAAAGAAGAAACCAGAAGAGCAAGUUCAAGAGCCUGAAUCAGAUUUACCAGAAGCCUUACUAGAAUAUCACAUUGUGGCAAAAGAAGCAGCAAUUGCACGGGUUUUGUUUCAUCUGAAAGGAUUGGAAGAAAAGAUCAAAGAAAAUAUUAAAAAUAAUGUUGUUCUGCAGGAAGAACAGAAGGUGCUUAUCAGGCGCUUAGUAAGGCAAAUAGAAGAAAAGGAGAAAAAACGAGAUGAGAAGGAGGUUGUAACCAGGGAUGAUGUGGAAGAGUCACUGAAAGCAGUUUUUCAGUUUGUGAAGGACAAAGAACAACUUCUUCAAGAUGUGCACUCCCAAAUUGAAGAAACUAAGAAAAAAAUUGCAGAAAAGCAGCAUGAGAGAGAUUAUUGGUUGGAGUACAAAAAUGUCGGAAGUAAAAUACAUGCUGAGAGGAUUAGCGUUCUGGAAAAAGACAUUGCAGAUGUCAAGUAUGAACUUGAAAGAACUGAAGAAUAUUAUAGAGAAGCUUUGAAAGUUGUGAGAGAAGAAAAUCAGAAACUGUUUGACAGGCACAUGAAAUUACUCAGUGAAGAAGCUCUUAAGAAUGCUGUGGGAUACUUAGACAAAAACUGUCGCAGAGAGAUUGAAGAGAAUGAGUGGCUAAAAGAAGAGGUUAAGAUCUACCGAAAGGAAGAAAGGGAUUUGAAAGCUUCUGUCCAGCUCCUGGAAGAAGAAAAUACCAGUUUAGUGGAAAAACUGAUUGAUAUCAAACUUCAGCAUCUAAGAGUAUCAGGGCAUUUGUUUCAUACAAAGGGAGCUGGCUUGCAAGAACUUCCUAAGGAUGAAAUGAAAAGGGAAAACAGAGAAUAUGCAGCAAAGACAGAUGGAAAGAGCCUCAGAAGUGCCUUUCCAAAGAUUCGGUCUAAAACAGAUUAUAAGAAGCCUACAGCCAGUGAUGAAAAAUCACGGAAAAAAUUCUUCACUCUGGACAGUUUGUUGUAUGAAGAUGAAGAGUUCCAGGCAUACUCAAAACUGGGACCUCUGAAGAGAAAGCUGUACGUGGUUGGAAAAGCUGUGCCUGCUUGUAAGGAACCAGAAGAAAUGCCAAGCAGGAGCCACACAGAAGAGGACACUGUUGGUAAAUCUGAUGGGCAUAUCACAGCUAAGAUGAUCAAGGCCUUAUUUAAGCAAAAUGUUGAUGAAAACUAGACAAGCUAUGCUGUUUACACAGAAAUGUAACAUUCACAGUUCAUUAAAUAUUUGCUCUCUUCUGUGUGGCAUGGGGCUUUGAGGAAACUAUUUUAGAGUGCCUGAAUCAUGAUUAUAAGUUCCAUGAGAGGUAUGUCUGUGUGAAGAGGCUAAUUGAAAGGUUCCUUUCCUUACCACUGAGAGAGGUCUUGUGCACAUCUUUGGGGUAUUCAGUCCACGUAGCAGCACAUAUAUCUACUGAAAGGUCUGAGCUAAUAUUUCAUCUGUGUGGUCUCCACUUCCAGAUGUGGAAUUCCCUCUUGAUCAGACAGUGAAUGGGUAAAUGCAGGCUGCCAUAAAACAUGGAACUGUUACAAAAUACAUAGUGCUCUGCUAAAGCAGAAUUAAUGUUUGCAAGCAUAAUUCAACUUUUGCUAUAAAUUGAGUGUCUGAAUACUUUUUUACCUGUCUCCACAAGAUCCCUACUUAAAUGCACUGAACUAAACAAAAAUUAAUUUAAAACAAGCAUAAAAAUUUAUAUGGUCUUAAAUAUUUUGUUUGUUUAGAAUUGGCCAAAUACAUUGUGUAAGCCCUGA